UUUGUUCUAGAAAAGCAUUCCUGAACUUAUAGUUGAUCCAUGGACAGCCACCCUCAUACAUAUAAUCUUUUACGAACUUAUUGAUGAAGUUUAUUUUUGACUACCGGCGAUAAGAUUCGUAGCCAACUGCUUAUAGAUAAAACCCGCAAAAACAAAAACAAAUAUUCAUGCACAAGAUCGAUUGAGUAAUUUUGGUUGCGCUUCCUGUUUAACCCAGAAUUUAAAUUGUUUUUACCAAACAAAAUCAUCCAAUAUACAUUCUGACACACCUGUCAGUUGGUCGCAAUGACGAACACCCUCUACGACAUGAGGAUACCUUUGUGGAACACACACAAUCGAACGGUUCAGAGCAGUGUGACUAAGAUAUCUUAUCACUGCCGGCUAACUUGCCGAACUGAUAAGCGGAAACAACAGCUUUUAAGGCGCAACCGAUGUGCGGGUAGCGACCAGUCGUUGAAGUCAGCCCAAACAUAGCGGAGCCAGCGAGUAUAUAACAUCACGUUCCAGACCUAAAUCAACAUACAAAAAAAGCACACAAAUACAACAUGGGAGACUACACCUGGAUUAGCACCAACGUUUACGGAUCCCUGCCCCCAGGAGCCAUCCUAGCUGGCCACGACUCCGACCAGGAUCCCAUCUUUGUGGGCCGUGCCUACCACAAUGGAGAGAUGCUGCCAGCGAAGGUGGUGCCCGGCAAGCAGCAGGCCUAUGUGCCAUGGGGCGGUCAGGAGAUCAGCAAGCAUGACUUCGAGGUCCUUGUCGGUGAUCACUUCUCCUGGAUCCCGUCCAGUGGUGGAUCUGUCCCGCCCCAUGCCAUCCAAGUGGGCCAGACUGGCGAGGGUGAGCCCCUGUACGUGGGCCGUGGUUACUUCCAGGGCAGCCUCACCCCCGGCAAGGUCCAUCCCUCGCACCAGUGUUUGUACAUCCCCUACGGCGGACAGGAGCACCGUCUGGAAGCCUAUGAAGUGCUGGUCCAGCCCGAGACGUGGAUAGCCUCUAGCGGACGCGGCAUUGUUCCCGGAACAGUGGUUGGCGGACACGACGCCGAUGGCGAUCAGAUCUAUGUGGGUCGCGCCUACCACGAGGGCGAUUUGCUGCCAGCCAAGGUGAUCCCCAACAAGGGCUGUGCCUAUGUGCCCUACGGAGGCGGUGAGGUUGUGAAGCACGACUACGAGCUGCUGGCCGGAUACGGGUACGGAUGGGUGCACGACAGCCAUGGCAAUGUGCCCGGCAAUGCCGUUCUCUGCGGCCGCACUUCCGACGGAGAGCCCCUGUUCAUCGGCCGUGCCCACCACCACGGCAGCCUCACUCCCGGCAAGAUCCACCAGUCACACCAUUGCCUCUACAUCCCAUUCGACGGCGAGGAGGUCCGCAUCGACCACUACGAGGUCCUGGUCAAGGGCUGAGCUGCUACAGCGACUAGACUUUUGUGUUGUCCCCCCGUCGUCUGCCUACUAAUUUAUAAAUCAUUUUGUUUCAUUAAAAACGUCCUCUGAUAAACCAAAUGUCCGAAAUUUUAAUGAAAAAUGACAAGACAGCUCAUUGUUGUUGCUUGGUAAACACAAGUAAUUUGUUUUAACAUAUUUGAUAUAUUCUAUAUAUUUAAUAAUCGCCUGCUAUGAACGCUACUCUAUAGCGAAUUAAGUUAUGCUCAAGUUUAUUGGCAUCGCAGCAAAAACAAGGACAGCUUGUCCAGUCAUCCCUGGUUUCCAUAGCUGUCAAAUUCGGACAAUGACUCUCCAGGCACGAAAAUCCAGCAGCUGCCACAAGUGAGUUGAUGAUAGACCGGGGUCACUACGCCUUUUGACUUCUAGUCGACCGAUUUCGGCGAACUCCAGUAAUCAAGAGAGAACUAUUACUAAAAGUCAGUGUGGUGGUUCACCGCCAGUUUAAUGGUUUCUAGACUUUUGGAGAAUCCCUGGUCUUGGUUAUUAAUAUGGAUUGAAUUUUGCUGGAAUAUGUAUAUUUCCUCGCAAAAGCUUCUCGUAGGGAAAUGAGAAAUUGGGUAAAACGGAAUAAAGAAAAGAAAUAAAAUAUGAUUCU